UUCAGUGUGUCGCGCGGCGGUCAAGGAAGCUUAGCUUCUGUCUUUAUGCGCAACAAAUUCUUAUGUUUUUAUUACAAAUAAUAUUAAUUCACUGAUGCGGAAUAAACAUUUGCAGCCCGGACAGCUUAAGCUCGAAUACUAACGUCUCUUCUUAAUCUCACGCUCUUGCUGAGAUGUCUGGUUGCCAAGGCAACAGCGGCAGCAUCACGGGGAUGCUGAGUGCGCUCUGCGACUGCGGUCUUACGGGAUUGUCAUGGAAACGGCGCGCUCUGGGCGCAGCAUCACGGGAGUCUGCACGUCGGUCCCUGCGCAGGCGUGCGUACGGGGCGCUUCUCGCCGGACUCUUCCAGGACGGCUCACCCAAACCGCCACCGAACGCCCUGGCCAACACACCCGCCCAUAAUAAAAUACUGAUGAUCUCGUUCGAUCUGCGUGUGUCUGGCCACAAUGAGGAGGCGGAGAGGCUGGAGGAGCUCCUGGGUCAGCUACGGGACGGGGCGGACUCUUCAGGACUCUCCGAACUUGACUCUGUCUUGGAGCUCCUUGUGCAGCUGACUGGGUCCGUGGCUCCGCCCCCUCAGUCUUUCAGUCAUGACUAUAUGCGCCGGGAGCGUCCUGUGGAGCGCAGACCACCAUUGGGUGGGUACCUGAGUCAGGACAUGCAGCGGCUGGAGGAGAGGGCGUGGUCUUUGAUCUGUGGUGAGGAAUGGGGUGUUUUUGGGGGCAUCUGUAGGACCCUGAGCAUCAUGGAUGCUCCACCGGGCACUGGGCUGCUCGGAUUGGGACGCAGACAGGAUACCGAGGAGAGGUUUGAAAGAGAGACCCGACUGUCGCUGUUUGGUGCCCUACAGCACUCCAGAACCGCAGAUAUGGAUGUCCGACUGGACCUGCCACCCGUUCCAAGCAACGCAGACCUCACUGGACUCAGUAUACGGGUUCCUGUGUGUCUGGAUCAGUCUGAUGAUGAAGGCUUCCAGUCCGCCUCUAAUCUGACUCCAGAUUCCCAAUCCGAGACGAGUACCAGCCCUGAGAUCGACGUGUGGGAGGCCCUGCGGACAUUCGUGCCCGGAAGACGACGCUGUUGGGAGAACAUCGGCUGCCCGCCGGGACAGAAGGAGCCUCCAUACCUGACGGAGGCUGGCAGAGAGGCGUUUGAUCAGCUGUACCGACUGUGGGAGGGAGAAAUGAGGAACAUUGUUUCCACACAGACACCAUCACCGCUCCUGCCGCUGCCGCUGGACUGUCAGAGUCAGCUGGUCAAAGACGUGCUCAACGUGCUGAUCGGGGUCUCCUCUGUCACCUUUCCACUCAAUGAGGCUAGUGUGCAGUUUGAUGUUCGUCCGGAUAUAUGUGUGUCCGGGACGUCCCCUGAGAGUGUGUCUCGUCUGCUGGGUGAGCUGGCGCAGUACGGCACUCACUACCUGCGUCUGAGCCGCUUCUCCCUGAGCAGCACGAGUCAGAAGGGACUCGUCUUCCAGGCCUUCACAGGUGGCCUGCGCCGUUACCUGCACUACUACAGAGCGUGUGUGCUGAGCACGCCAGCCUCUCUCAGUCUCCUGACUAUCGCUUGUCAUUUCCGCAAGCUGGGCCGUCAGCUCAGGUAUCUGUCAGAGCUGUGUUGUGUGGAUGGAAUCGGAGGUGUGGGACGAGCAACGUUCCCCGUGGGUGUAAAGCUGCUGUCGUGUCUGUAUAAUGAAGCUCAGAGUAACUGCAGUAAUGAGAAUCAUCCGGUGCUGCUGUCGCUGCUGAAGAGCAGCUGUGAGCCCUACACACGGUUUGUUUCAGACUGGGUGUACAGUGGCGUCUUCCGUGACGUAUAUAAAGAGUUUAUGAUCGAGGUCAAUGAGGAUUAUCUGACCUACAGAGAUAAGAACUUCUGGACGCAGGGCUAUACUCUGAUUUCGUGUGAUGCAGAGGACUGUGUGCCGGUGUUCCUUAAACACAUCGCCAAUGACGUCUACGUCUGCGGGAAAACUAUCAACCUGCUGAAAAUCUGCUGCCCACAGCACUACAUCUUCUGGUCGGAUGUACCAGUGCCCAGGAUCGCUGUGACGUUUUCCCUGCAGGAAGUAGAGGAGAUUGAGAGAGACUGUGCUGUGUAUCGCGGACGGAUGCAGACCAUCGCUAGGCACAGCGCCAUCAGCAGGGAGGAGAAGGCUAUGCGGACUGAACAGGCCCGACAGGAGCUCAUUAACCAGGUCAGAGUGUCAGCGGCCAAGACCCUGGAGAGAAUCAGAGGUCACCAGGUGUCGCAGCGUCUGGCAGAGGAGGCCCAGAAGAGAGAGCGGUUUGAAGAGCUGAAACAGCAGCUGGAGCUCGACCAGGAGUGGCGUAGUACUGUGAGACGGAAGCAGCAGGAAGACGAUUUCAGCUACGCUCGAGAGCUCAGAGACCGAGAGCAGAGGCUUCAGGCCCUCGAGGAGCAGCUGGAGCGCCGGGCACGGAUGGAUCUGAUCACUCAGUACAGUCAGUUAUCAGAAGCAGCUGCUAGACGAGAGCUCAAAGCCAUGUGGAAGGUGCAGAGGAUGAAACUCGACGAGCGCAGAGUGAACUUCCUGCAGCAAGAACAACAGAAUGUACAGGCUCUUCUGGAGAAGUUUCCUUUAGGUCAGGAGGGCCCCCCUCCAGAAAUAUCGCUAAUGCUACAAUCCGCACAACUACACUCUGAGCUCUCUGAGCAGCAGAAUCCUCUCACAGAAUCAUUUGCUCCUCCCUGCUCUCCUGCCAUUGGUGAUACUCAAGCUUAUAAAUCAGAGGAAAUCGACGUAACUAACUUCCUCCCGAAGCCUCCGUACGUGACUGAUAGUGGUGCCAUGACCCAGGCCCUCCACAACAUUGGAUCCAACCUCCUGCAAUCCCCUCAGAAACCCCACCCACAGCAGCCACACCCAUCGACCUCCCACAUAUGCGUUGGUGAAAACGUUUCAGAAUUCCUGGAGUCUGUCCCUGUUCCUAAUAUAUAUUCACAGGCGUCCAAAUCCAGCUUCCUACGUGGUCAGUUCACUCCAGAGGUUCCAGCAGGUCAGCCGAAGGCUAGUGUUCAUGGACACCCUUCACAGAGCUCUGUCCAGCUGGGAGGCUCCACUGCCUCAGGGCAGAUCAAGGGCCCAAUCCGCUCUGAGUCAAACACCCCUGCACAAACCACUCAGGAGCGAACAUGUGAGGCAGAGAGCGAUAGCCAGUGUACAGAAAAACAACCGACUGGAGAUGAGACAGGAACAGAGCCCUCGGCAGCCAGCACAGGUUCAGAGCCAAAGCAAGCCGCCCAAGAGCCAACAGAGGAAGCCAAGUCCUGUGAGAGUGUCAGCCAGUCCUCUCACUGUUCUCAGCCAGAGCAAGAACAAUCUGUGUAUCUUCUCAGAGGCUUCCAUGAGUCAGAGUCCGAUUCUGAUAUGAGAAAUAACAGCUGUGAUCCUGAUCCAGCACUGAUCUCAUCUUUAUCCUCCUCUGAUGUCUCCGGCCACGCCUAUGAUGCCCAUAUAAGAGUUGGAGAGCAUGUUUCAGAGGUAACCCCACCUCUUCCCACACCUAACAUCCAUGGCCACGCCUCUGAUGCCCAUAUAACGGUUGGGGAGUAUGUUUCAGAGGUAACCCCUCCUCUUUUCACAUCUAACAUCCAUGGCCACGCCUCUGAUGCACAUAUAACGGUUGGGGAGUAUAUUUCAGAGGUAACCACUCCUCUUCCCACACCUAACAUCCAUGGCCACGCCUCUGAUGCCCAUAUAAGGGUUGGGGAGUAUGUUUCAGAGGUAACCACUCCUCUUCCCACACCUAACAUCCAUGGCCACGCCUCUGAUGCCCAUAUAAGGGUUGGGGAGUAUGUUUCAGAGGUAACCACUCCUCUUCCCACACCUAACAUCCAUGGCCAGGCCUCUGAUGCCCUUAUAAGGAUUGGUGAACAUGUUUCUAAGGUUAUCACUCCUAUUCCCACACCUAACAUCCAUGGCCACACAUCUGAUGCCCAUAUAAGUGUUGGUGAACAUGUUUCUGAGGUGACCAAUCCUCUUUUGACACCUAACAUCCAUGGCCACGCCUCUGAUACCCAUAUAAGGGUUGGUGAACAUGUUUCUGAGGUGACCAAUCCUCUUUCAAAACCUAACAUCCAUGUCCACGCCUCUGACGCCCAUAUAAGGGUUGGUGAACAUGUUUCUGAGGUGACCAAUCCUCUUUCGACACCUAACAUCCAUGUCCAUGCCUCUGACGCUCAUAUAAGGGUUGGUGAACAUGUUUCCGAAGUGACCAAUCCCGUUCACACCGCUAAUAUUCAUGGCCACGCCUCUGACGCCCAUAUAAGGGUUGGUGAACAUGUUUCCGAAGUGACUAAUCCUGUUCACACUGUUAAUAUUCAUGGCCACGCCUCUGACGCCCAUAUAAGGGUUGGUGAACAUGUUUCCGAAGUGACUAAUCCUGUUCACACCGCUAAUAUUCAUGGCCAUGCCUCUGACGCCCAUAUAAGAGUUGGUGAACAUGUUUCCGAAGUGACUAAUCCCAUCCACACUGUUAAUAUUCAUGGCCACGCCUCUGACGCCCAUAUAAGGGUUGGUGAACAUGUUUCCGAAGUGACUAAUCCUGUUCACACCGUUAAUAUUCAUGGCCAUGCCUCUGACGCCCAUAUAAGAGUUGGUGAACAUGUUUCCGAAGUGACUAAUCCCAUCCACACUGUUAAUAUUCAUGGCCACGCCUCUGACGCCCAUAUAAGGGUUGGUGAACAUGUUUCCGAAGUGACUAAUCCCAUCCACACCGCUAAUAUUCAUGGCCAUGCCUCUGACGCCCAUAUAAAGGUGGGUGGAUUUAUGUCAGAUGUUGCCUCCUCUCAGCCACGUUGGAGCAAAUAUGGUCAUUCCUCUGACAGCACCCUUAAAGUGGGUUGUGCGAUGCCUGAUGCUGCCCCAUUAUACACUCCUCUAUCUGGCAGCUCUUUCGGUCAUGCAUCUGACUCCACAUUGACAGUCGGGUGUGUUGUCUCAGGCGUACAUCCUCAACCCUCUCCAUUACCUGGCAGUGCGUAUGGACAUUCCUCACAGUCCACCUUGGGUAUCGGGUGUGUGGUUCGUGGGACCACUCGACCCAGUUCUCUUUACAGUGGUGCCUACGGGCAUUCGUCAGACUCUGCUCUGGGUAUGGGCUGCAUGGUUGGCGGGGUGGUGCCAGGAAGUUUGUACGGUGGCAGACCACCAUUCAAAUCUGACCGAACAUCAGAAGAUGCAGAGGAUCCAGCCAACCCAGACAUCCAGGCAGCGCCCCCUAGUGAGCUGUUCUCUCUGGACCAGGGACUGUCUGCCUGGGCUCUGGGACUGGGAUUGUCCCCUAAAGAGAGUCCAGAGGAUCGUUAUCUUCUCAGCCUAGCCUCACAGUACCAAGUGGAGCAGUACCAGGACUCGUACGGCCUGAUGACUUCGGCUCCGGACUCUGAGCUGCUGCUGCAGGUGACACGGGGUCCAAACGGCCUUCCUGUAGAUCCGUCUCUGCACAGGGCCACUGACGCCUCUGCUGUUCAGCUCAAUGAGAUGAUGCCACUUCCUGUUCUCAUGAAACACUCAGUUACAACACCACUGAUUACACAUGUGUCUAUGGUAAACAAGGCCGUGGUGGAUUAUUUCUUCGUGGAGUUGGGUGUGGAGAAGCACUUUGAGACACUCAGGCAUUUUCUGUUAAUGGAGGAUGGAGAGUUUGCCCUCUCUCUCAGCGAUCAGCUCUUUGAGAAGCUGGGCAGUGGUCAGACGCCCGGUGAGCUGCUGACCCCGCUGGUGUUGAACUCCAUUCUCAAUAAGGCCUUACAGUACAGCGUUCACGGUGACAGCGAGCUGGCGGCUCACUUCACGUUCGCUCUGCGAUACCUCCCGGAGAUCUUCCAUCCUCACGCACCAGACUCGCUGAACUGUCUGGAGCUCCGCUACAAGGUGGACUGGCCGGUGAAUAUCGUCAUCACAGACAGCUGUCUGAACAAAUACAACAGACUCUUCUCCUUCCUGCUGCAGCUCAAACACAUGGUGUGGUCCCUCCGAGACGUCUGGUUUCACCUCAAGAGGACAGCGCUGGUGAAAGGUGCCGGUCGCUCCGCUCAGUUUCAUCAGCUGCAGCUCUACAGACACGAGAUGCAGCACUUUGUGAAGGUGAUCCAGGGCUACAUCGCUAACCAGAUCCUUCAGGUGUCCUGGAGCGAGUUCACACACAAACUGAGCAGCGCCAAUGACCUGGACGCGAUCCACCGCACACACGCCGAAUACCUCAACAGAGCCAUCUUCAGGGGUUUGCUGACAGAGAAAGCUGCCCCGGUCAUGAACAUCAUCCACAGCAUCUUUAGUCUGAUCCUGAAGUUCCGCGGCCAGCUGAUCGCGCAGCCGUGGGAGCUCCAGCAGGGGGAGCCGGUGCAUCCCGGUUUCAUUGCCAUGCAGCAGUCCUACAACACCUUCAAAUACUACUCCCGCUUCCUGUUCAAAGUGGUGACCAAACUGGUGGAUAAAGGUUAUCAGCCCCAUCUGGAGGACUUCCUGUUGCGGAUCAACCUCAAUAACUACUACAAAGACUCUUGAUUGACCUCUGACCUGCUGCUUUAGUAUCGUGUCAGUGUGUAUAUAACCAAAGCCAUCGACCACGAUUGCUCGUAGCGGUUUUUCAGUGACAAACUCAAAUCUGUUUUGCUCUGCAUUGAUGCUGUUCAGUGUUUCCUGUUGUGAUGUGUGCACAGACGCUUUUCUCCACACAGGCUAUGUGAUGUGUAAAAUAAACUAUUUAAUUUUCA